AUGAGCGCCGACGAGAUCACCCGGGUCGCGCGCCGGCGUCGCCCGGCGCAGACGAAGAGGCAGCAGCACGACGCGCGGAUGCGAAAGCGCGAGCGAGAGGGGUUCGGCGCCAAUCACUCGGUGAGGGGUGACAUGGCGGACCUGAACUUCGACGUCGUCAAGCACAACCCGGUCGACGCGAAGCGGACGGCGAUGCGGGUCCACGAGCAGCCGCCGGACGACGAGACGAUCGCCUUGUUCACCGACGCCUCGCUUAAACGCGCGCAGGUAGGAGGACUGGGUGUCGUUCGAGUCGAGCCGCGCGAUCCUGCUGCUCAACAGGGCGCUACGCCGGGUGCCGCCGAUGAUGGUGGCGACAAGGCGAGCAAGGCUUAUCGGCUGAAGGUCGUGACGUCGAGCUUGUUCUUGGCUAGGCAUCGCCCGAGCGACUGCCCCAUCAAGGUCCCGGUGCUGGAUUCGGAGGAGGUCGAGCUGAUGGCCGACCUGAAGGCCUUCAAGUACGCCUGCUACGAGGUGGAAGCCAGGAAAAGCCGCGGUCUGACUACUCGCCGCGUGUGGAUCUUCGGCGACUGCCUGGAUGGCUUGGACAAGGUCCGCCUCUACAAAGCGGGUGAUUCCGCGUGGGAGCGCCACCGCUACGCCUACAUCCUGCGGCAGAUCUUGGAGUGCGCCCGGAAGCUCAAGGAGCUUGGAGUGUACGUGAAGUGCCACUGGGUCCCUGGUCACGCGGGGGUUCCUGCCAACGAGUGCGCGGAUUACGUCGCCGGCAAGGUCGCUGCUGGUGAGAAGUGGACUUCCCAGCGCGUCUACCGGUUUUAA